UGUCCGGAAAUGACUGAUCAGCCCUCUGAGAAACAGUUAACCACGAAGAUGCAAAGAAAAGUGGUUAAAUAACUUGAUUAAGCAGGUUUUGGGCUUGCUGAUUGCCAAAAUGUCAGCGGAUAUUCUACGUAGGAACCCUCAGGAUGACUUUGAACUUAUCCAGAGAGUCGGAAGCGGAACAUACGGGGAUGUAUAUAAGGCCAAGAGUCUGGACACAGGAUCGCUUGCCGCCAUGAAAGUCAUCAAGCUGGAGCCAGGUGAUGAUUUUGCCAUCAUUCAACAGGAGAUAAUCAUGAUGAAAGACUGCAAGCAUCCCAAUAUAGUGGCUUACUAUGGCAGUUACAUCAGGAGAGAGAAAUUGUGGAUUGCAAUGGAAUAUUGUGGAGGAGGGUCCAUGCAGGAUAUCUACCAUGUGACUGGUCCCCUGGCCGAGCCACAGAUAGCGUUUAUAUGCAGAGAAACACUGAAGGGGCUGAAGUACCUUCACAGUCGGGGCAAGAUGCAUAGAGACAUCAAGGGUGCUAAUAUUUUACUAACAGAUGAAGGAGAUGUCAAACUGGCUGACUUUGGUGUGUCGGCCCAGAUUACUGCCACAAUGUGUAAAAGAAAAUCUUUCAUUGGGACACCUUACUGGAUGGCUCCAGAGGUUGCUGCUGUGGAGAGAAAGGGGGGUUACAACCAGCAGUGUGACAUCUGGGCCGUGGGCAUCACUGCCAUUGAGUUUGCCGAGUUGCAGCCUCCAAUGUUUGAUCUUCAUCCCAUGAGGGCAUUGUUUUUGAUGUCAAAAAGUGGCUUUAAACCUCCCCAGCUCAAAGAUAAAAACAAAUGGACCACAGUCUUUCAACAUUUUGUCAAAGUUACACUGACGAAGAAUCCAAAGAAGAGGCCCCCAGCUGAUAAGUUGUUAGAGCAUCCUUUCCUGCAGCUUGAUAUAAGUAGGCGCUUGAUAAAAGAGUUGUUGGAGAAGUCACGGAACCCUACUACAAACAACCAUUAUGAGAUGUCUGAAGAUGAUGAUGGGUUCCUGCAGGAUGCACCAAGGAGGAUAUCGUCCAAGAAAACUGCCCGCCAAAGUCAAGCUACAAACAGUAUCGAAUUGAAAGUAAAUUUGAAUUUUGAUUCACCGAAGGGUGCAGAAGCCUUUGAUUACGAGUUUGCCCAAGGCUGGGACAUGAGCAGAGACCGUACACAUGAUGAACAGUACGACACGGCGCGCCCCUGGCCGGAAGACGACUUGUCCAAGAAGACUUUACUAGAGUCAGUUGACGAGGAGUUACUACAGAGGGGUCAUCGAAGUAGUUUAGUAUAUGAAGAAGUCAACUUUGAACAAUACUAUACCAUUAAAGGGUCAACAUUACCAGUCCAACCACCAGCACUUCCUCCAAAGCCUCCAAAGGCAUCAGGAGGCCAUGGGGAGAAGCAUGAGCUGGAGACAGGCAGUCCUACUGACCAGCUGGUGGACAGUGGACCGGACAUUGAGUCCCUCAUCGACCGGAUGUUGACACUGACCCCCAACACUACCAUGCCCCCUGAAUUCACAGAUGAGAAACCACCAGAGCUUCCCCCCAAAACUCGCCAACACGCUAACGGGGACCUACCCCACACAGAAAAUGGCAUGUCUCCCGUGUCGGAGGGGGCACCUCCUCCUGCUGUCCCCCCUCGGAGGAGGAUCAAGAAGGAUGCACAAUCAGAAUCAACAGAUACACAAUCUAGGCCAGUCAGCAAUGGCCUUCCACCAACCCCCAAAGUUCAUAUGGGAGCGUGUUUCUCCAAGGUGUUCAAUGGCUGUCCGCUCCAGAUAAACUGUACAGCAAGCUGGGUGCAUCCAGUCAACAGAGAUCAGUACAUUUUGAUAGGUGCCAAUGAAGGAUUAUAUACACUGAAUCUCAAUGAGAUUCAUGAAUCAACACUUGAAUUGCUACAAGCAAGGCGAUGUGUAUGGCUGUAUGUGAUUAAGGAUGUCCUCAUGUCUAUAUCAGGGAGAACGCCCCACCUGUACAGACAUGAUCUGAUGAUGCUCCAUAGUAAACAGACAAGUAGAUUUUCACUCAAUAUGACGAAAAUUCCAGAAAAAUUAGUACCAAGGAAGUUGCAGCCUACAGUAAAAGUGCCGGACACGCGAGGCUGUAUGCGAUGUUGUGUGGGACGCAACCCAUACAACGGGUACCGCUACCUGUGUGGGGCGCUGCCCACAGGCGUGCACCUGAUGCAGUGGUAUGAGCCUCUCAACAAGUUCAUGUUGCUGAAGACAUUUGACAUAGAGCAAAUGCCUCCACGGCUGGAUGUAUUUGAGAUGUUCAUCAGUCCGGAACUGGAGUACCCUAUGGUCUGCUUCGGGGUCAGGAAAGGAACUGACAGGAAUCAUGUGAAAUUUGAUGUGAUAAACCUCAACUCUGCAUCCAGCUGGUUCACAGAUCUGGAUUUUACAGGAGAGGUGUUACCAGUUGUAAAUGUGACACAAAUGGAGAAAGACACGGUGUUGGUAUGUUAUGACAAGUAUGUGAGAGCUGUCAACAUGGUGGGGAAGCUGAGAUCCAGUAAACGCCAGCAGUCCGAGCUCCACUUCGACUUCCCAGUAGAGUCUGUGGUGUGUCUACAAGACAGUGUAUUGGCCUUCCACAAGCAUGGCAUGCAAGGACGCAGCUUCAAAGCCAAUGAGGUAACACAGGAGAUCUGUGAUCGAUCAAGGACGUUUAGGCUGUUGGGAUCUGACAGAGUGAUCCUGUUGGAGAGCCGAACCACUGACUCCCCAGGCGAAAAUUCCAAUCUGUACGUUCUGGCUGGCCAUGAGAACACAUACUGAACAGGUCAGCACGACAUGAACGCCAUCAUGUCCACCUGGCCAUGUCCAGCUGACUGGUCAGUCCUUUAUAUUCUGCCAGCAAGCCUCUGUUGAAACUAGCACAGCCUGCAGACACUGGGCAGAGACACCAUCCGAUAACCAGGACUGCCCAAUCAUCCACCUCUUCCACCUCUGCCACAGCUACUAGUGACAAUGGAACAUGUCUGUUUAACUGACGAUUGUGUGAGAAGCCCUUGAUAAAAAUAUGUACCAAUUAUCACAUUUAUGGCACAUUGUUCUUUGUUUUUACAUUCACUUUUCACAUUUUCAUGGAUUGUUACAAAAUAAAAUGUUCAAAAAUAAACAUCUCCAUUGCAUUCGACACCAUGCUGUAUCCAGUUGAAAGUGAUCAAAGAACAGGUGGGAAAGACGAGGGAAUGCAAAGUGUUGAAGAAGAUGCGGCGCCUGUUUUCAGGAUGAGAACACAAGGCAACUCCCAGUCUGGAGAAAGAUGGGACCCACUGUUUCAUCCUCUGGAUCAGUUAGUUUUUGUGAUGGAUGCAUCAAUUCAUAGAUUUAUUGUGUGCUGAAAUGCUUUUUCAAGUAUGCUCAAAACUGUUUUGAUUAUUUGUACAUUCAUAUUUUAAGGUCACGAUGAACAGUGUAUGUGUAUGUGAGAUGUGUUGAGGCCUCAUGUUGAGAAUCUGUAGACUACACGCAGGUGCUUCUGCUGCCAAACCAGGGCCUUCCACAAAGCAAUGGUAGGGUUACAAUUAUCGUAAGUCUGUGUAAUGUAAGAGGAGUUCUUGUGAAAGGAAUCCUUGUGCCCCGAUCUCCGAAGCGUUCAUAGUGCUACGACUGUACCGGUAUAUGUUACAACGUAGAAUUACGACUGUCACAACGCUAAGAACACUUUGGGCUAGCAGGCAGUGCUUCAUUUCAGCAUGCACGAUGGCUAACUAGCUGUUUUGGCUCUGUUGUGAGAACCUUACCGUGGAAUUUCAGCUGGUCCACUCCGACACCCAUUGGUGGUGAAAGGAGAUAGUGUAUGAGGUUCUAGGGCCACUUAAUACUUGUGUUAAAUUGAGUAUGGCCAUGAAUGAUGUCAGUAUAUAAGAAAUAUUGCAUCAAGAAACUAGAAACGGGUAGUUUGUGUAUUGGAAGAAUAAUAAAACACAAAACAUCGUUUUAUUUCGUGAAAAAUGUAAGAUACAGAUAUAAUCUGUAAUUUUGAAGUUAUUUACACAUGGAUUUUAUGUAGUUAUGGGAGUUUCGGGAAUUCAAGAAAUAAAUCGGCAUGUGUGAUACUGGUCAAGAAAAUGUUGUAUAUUAUAUUUUGAAUGUAUUUAAGGCAGGUGAUUUGAUGUGCUCAGGUAAUACACUGUGUUCUGAAAGACUAUGUACUUAUCAAUAUACCUGGGCAUUGUCUUGAGGCAGAAUGACCUUGCUUCCAGUAGUGACCUUGCAGCUCCAGUAACCUUUAAACUUUGACCUGUUAAUUAUUCAUAAAUAAGGUCAGCUGUGCUUGAUAAAAUAUAUUUGUCAUUAUUCAAGUUGAUUAAUAGCAAACUGGAAGCUUACACUAGAUGCCUUGUCAUGAAGUACCUGUGUUGAUAGUCCAUGGUAAUAUCGUCACCUGAGGACUAGUUUACCAAGUAUCAUAUUUAGUUCUGUACAGCUGCUCUGCUAACCAUGUAAAUAUGUAAACAGUGAUUGUAUAGUUCCAUGUACCCGUGUGCUUCAGGAUGUUCUGUGUUUCCUGUUGUUUUAAUAUUGAUGGAUGAGAGAGUGAGAGGGGUAAUUAUUUUACGAUGUGUAAACUUAUUGGACACCAUGCAUUAAUCAUGUUCCAUCACCCGGAAUAAAAAGAUGUGUAAAUA